UCUCAUUCCAUACUCUCUUCCCCUCCUCGCUGAGAUUCUUUUCCUGAUCCUGUUCCCGGGACUCUGCUUGCAGCUGGUUUGGAAGCCCUGUCCUGCCCGGUCAUCAUCAAGAAAAGACCGUCCAUCACACGGAACAGCCUCGUUUUCUUGUCUUCUUUUACACCGUCUGCUUGUUUGUGGCACGUCUUGGCAAAAUGGCCAGCCAAGGUCCGUCCUCUCGUGGCGCCGUGUAUCUGCAAGAAAAGGUACUUCGUGCGGCCCAGCUAACCCUCCUCCCUCAGGCUUCGACGAGAAGAGGCGGCCCGCCGCUCUCAACUUGACUCCGGUUCGAUCCGGUACUUCAGACUCAUCAUCCUCGGACAGCUCACUCAAGGUUCCGCGAACUCCCCGCUUCGCAGAGGCUACCUCUGUACAUUCUCCGGUCGACAUGGAGUCGCCGUUUUCCGAUCCAGACAAGUCUCAUGUCGCCCACGCGCAACCUGGCGAUGUCGGCUUCGGUUACAUCAACGAUACCAACCGCGAGUCCGUGGCGGUCCCCAUGACGCCCAGGUCUCCCCUCAAGAGCGCCAUGAAGGCUCCCGGGACGCCGGGGAGGCAGCUCACCAACCCCUUGAGCCCUACGUUUCGCGAAGAGGAGGUGCUCGAGAAGCGUGAGCUCGCCACCGAAAAGGAGCAAGCUAGAGACAUAAAAAUCAAAACCCGCGUGCGCAUGGCCAAGUUUGCUCUUCGUGGCGUGGGCUUCAGCUGUUCCCUCAUCAUUCUCUCCAUGCUGUCCGCCUCGUUCGCCAUCUUCAACUCCACCAAGGCGCUCGCGUCGCAGAGCAGCAUGCCUCCCUGGGCUCCCAACACAGACAAGACGUCCUGGCCACAAAAGUUGACGCUUGCCAUGGCCUGUUUCUCACUUUUUAUCUGCCUCAUGGUAUUCGCAGCCUACUGCCGCGGCGGCCAUAAGAGGGCCGAGAAAGUUAACACUUACUACACCAUGUUCGCCAUUGGCUGGUUCAUCAUAAGCAUGCUUCUUUGGGUAAUCACAGCCGUCGUUGUCCAGCAUGCUAGGGACAGUGGCAGCAACAAGGACAUGUGGGGAUGGGCCUGUGUUGACAACACUCGCUCUGACGUCUUCGCGGAGAAGGUCGACUACCAGCUCGUCUGCCGCCUUCAAAACUGGACCCUCAUCUGCAUCAUCAUUGAGAUUGUUGUCGAGGUCAUCUCCAUCUCGCUCUAUAGCAUCGUGUUCUACCGGUACUACACCAAGCGCCGCCUUUUCAAGUCCAUGGACCUGAGGGAUCGUGCGCGGUCCGACCUUUACCUAGCCCAGCUUCGCUCCCAGUCUGCUCCCAACACACCGGGUUUCGGUCCCAAGUCUCCAGGCAUCGGGGGCCCGAAGUCACCCGCCCUGAGCAGCUACGCCAUGUCCCCGCGCCACCCGCCGGCCGCCUAUCGCAAUCUGUCCGACAUUGACGAGUCCAGCCCGUUCACACCCGGCGGUCGUGUCACCGAACCUCAGUCCCAAUUCAACAAACCGUCUCCAACGUUCAAGCUGCAAGCACCCCCUACAAAGGCCCCCUCGGCGACCCCCAAGACCAACCAAGGGUCUUUCUCUCCGACUACCACCAGCGCACCAACCCCACCCGAGGAUGCUUUCACAGAGCAUGCUCCGCAAGCCUCUCAGGAGCCUACAUACGAGGCGGUGCCCAUUCCCGGAGCAUACGCCGGCGCCGCCGUUAAGAGCCCGCCACCGACACAAAUCUCGUUUGGGCAGGCCCGGUAAGGGAAAUCCUUUAUACGAAUGCUUUUGCGGAAGACGUCUGAGAUUUGCUUGAAUCUUGGACUGGGACGGUGAAACCCCUUCUUGGACAUUUCUUUCACUUUGUAAGCGGCUAUACCAACGGCGUUGAAUGGCGGUAGAGACUUGCGUGGUCUGCCUCAUGGGAGUCUAGCUUACCUGGACUAGACAGCCUUGACCCUUAAUUCACAUUAUAUGGUGUCCCAAUUGGCCACCUGAGUGAUGCCAUCGAUAAACGGUUCACGCAUAAAGGGCAGAUGCAUUUCUGCUAUAAGAAGCGGCGAUGGGCAUAGGUCUCUGAACGUAAGAGUUAGGGUCAUCUCGUAUAUCAAUGGUGUUGUUCUUGACGCGUUGGGGACCGUUGCCCAAGACUUCAACUCCCAUUUGUGGCCAUGCCCCGCGCGUAAAGCUGGCGUCCAUUCGACGCCCUACCGAUGUUGGGGCCAGACAUCGGUGUCAUGUGUCGCGCCAGUUUCAUGGGACGGGCCUUGCAUGCUACACAAGAGUCACACCAAUUCUGUCACGUCACACGCACAUCUUCAUCACACGUUUGCCACGAGGCGCAAUGUCUUGAAGGGAUAGGUGGUCAUCAUAGAAAGCGACUCCUAGAUACAUGAACAGAGGCGACAAAAGAGAGG